ACUCGGGAUGUCGCCCUGGCCGAGGUGGCAUGGACCCGCCAUGGCGCGGCUCUGGGGCUUAUGUUUGCUAGUCUUGGGCUUCUGGAGGGCCUCUCUCGCCUGCCCCAUGUCCUGCAAAUGCAGUGCCACUAGGAUUUGGUGUACUGAGUCUUCUCCUGGCAUCGUGGCAUUUCCGAGGUUGGAACCUAACAGCGUUGACCCAGAGAACAUCACCGAAAUUCUCAUUGCAAACCAGAAAAGGUUAGAAAUCAUCAAUGAAAAUGACGUUGACGCUUACGUGGGGCUGACAAACCUGACGAUUGUGGAUUCCGGCUUAAAGUUCGUGGCUCACAAAGCGUUUCUGAAAAAUAACAACCUGCGGCACAUUAAUUUCACACGAAACAAGCUGACAAGUUUGUCCAGAAGACAUUUCCGCCACCUUGACUUAUCUGACCUGAUCCUGACCGGAAAUCCAUUCACAUGCUCCUGUGACAUUAUGUGGCUCAAGACCCUCCAGGAGACUAAAUCCAGCCCUGACACUCAGGAUUUGUACUGCCUCGAUGAAAGCAGCAAGAACACGCCCCUGGUGAACCUGCAGAUACCCAAUUGCGGUCUGCCAUCUGCACGUCUGGCUGCCCCUAACCUCACCGUGGAGGAAGGAAAGUCUGUGACCCUUUCCUGCAGCGUGGUGGGUGACCCACUCCCCACCUUGUACUGGGACGUUGGAAAUUUGGUUUCCAAACACAUGAAUGAAACAAGCCACACACAGGGCUCCUUAAGGAUAACUAACAUUUCAUCUGAUGACAGUGGAAAGCAAAUCUCUUGUGUGGCAGAAAACCUCGUAGGAGAAGAUCAAGACUCUGUAAACCUCACUGUGCAUUUUGCACCAACUAUCACAUUUCUGGAAUCUCCCACGUCAGACCACCACUGGUGCAUUCCAUUCACUGUGAGAGGCAACCCCAAGCCAGCGCUUCAGUGGUUCUACAAUGGGGCCAUACUGAACGAAUCCAAGUACAUCUGUACUAAGAUACACGUUACCAAUCACACGGAGUACCACGGCUGCCUCCAGCUGGAUAACCCCACUCAUAUGAAUAACGGAGACUACACCCUGAUGGCCAAGAACGAGUAUGGAAAGGAUGAGAGACAGAUCUCCGCUCACUUCAUGGGCCGGCCUGGAGUUGACUAUGAGGCAAACCCAAAUUACCCUGAAGUCCUCUAUGAAGACUGGACCACCGCCACUGAGAUGGGAGAAACUACGAAUAAAAGUAAUGAAAUCCCCUCCACGGAUGUUGCUGACCAAAGCAAUCGGGAGCAUCUCUCGGUCUAUGCGGUGGUGGUGAUUGCGUCUGUGGUGGGAUUCUGCCUGCUGGUGAUGCUGCUUCUGCUCAAGUUGGCGAGACAUUCCAAGUUUGGCAUGAAAGAUGUUUCAUGGUUUGGAAUUGGGAAAGUAAAGUCAAGACAAGGUGUGGGGCCAGCUUCAGUCAUCAGCAACGACGACGACUCUGCCAGCCCCCUCCACCACAUCUCCAAUGGGAGCAACACUCCAUCUUCUUCGGAGGGCGGUCCUGAUGCUGUCAUUAUUGGAAUGACCAAGAUUCCUGUUAUUGAAAACCCUCAGUACUUUGGCAUCACCAACAGUCAGCUCAAGCCAGACACAUUUGUUCAGCACAUCAAGAGACACAACAUCGUUCUGAAGCGGGAGCUUGGAGAAGGAGCCUUUGGAAAAGUUUUCCUAGCGGAGUGCUAUAACCUCUGCCCGGAGCAGGAUAAGAUCCUGGUGGCCGUGAAGACGCUGAAGGACGCCAGCGACAACGCACGCAAGGACUUUCAUCGUGAAGCCGAGCUGCUGACCAACCUCCAGCACGAGCACAUUGUCAAGUUCUAUGGUGUCUGUGUGGAGGGCGACCCACUCAUCAUGGUCUUUGAGUACAUGAAGCACGGGGACCUCAACAAGUUCCUUAGGGCACAUGGGCCGGAUGCGGUAUUGAUGGCAGAGGGUAACCCGCCCACCGAGCUGACGCAGUCGCAGAUGCUGCACAUCGCUCAGCAAAUCGCAGCAGGCAUGGUCUACCUGGCGUCUCAACACUUCGUGCACCGUGACCUGGCCACCCGGAACUGCCUGGUGGGAGAGAACUUGCUGGUGAAAAUUGGGGACUUCGGGAUGUCCCGGGAUGUGUACAGCACCGACUACUAUCGGGUCGGUGGCCACACAAUGUUACCCAUCCGAUGGAUGCCUCCAGAGAGCAUCAUGUACAGGAAAUUCACCACCGAGAGUGACGUCUGGAGCCUGGGGGUGGUGCUGUGGGAGAUCUUCACCUAUGGCAAGCAGCCCUGGUAUCAGCUAUCAAACAACGAGGUGAUAGAAUGCAUCACCCAGGGCAGAGUCCUUCAGCGGCCUCGAACAUGUCCCCAGGAAGUGUACGAGCUAAUGCUGGGGUGCUGGCAGCGGGAGCCACACACGAGAAAGAAUAUCAAGAGCAUCUACACCCUCCUUCAGAACUUAGCCAAGGCGUCUCCCGUCUACCUGGAUAUCCUAGGCUAGGCUCCGCCUCCUCCCCAGACCGUCCUCCCAAGACACUCCUCAG